AUGAGUCUAACGUGCUUCAUUGAGAAGCUCGAUAAUAAGAAUGCCGAGGCUAACCGCCUUCAGACAGAGCUCGAAGCGCUAAAAAACGCUAAGCCGGCGAUCAGCAAAGCACCCGUCUCCAGACCGACUUACUCCGAAAAGGCAGCAAGCGCACCGAAAGUUACGGCUGCCAAUGCGCCCAAAUCUAGCAAGGCUGCGGAGAAAAAACAGCUGGAAAAAAGCAGGAACACCAAAGCCACGACGCGCUUCAUGGUCGAAAUACCGAGCUCACGGUGGCAAGUGCCAAAACCUGAAUCCGGGAAACGGUUAAGACCAGGCUAA